GAUAGUCUAUAGCUGGGUAUUUCCUGCCACCUGCUUGGGUUCAAUCUAAUCUAGUCAAGGCCUUCCCCAUUCACCCUCACACCUACUUGCAGAAGGCUGGCUGACUACAGGUUCUUUUCUCUGGCUGCUCAGACCCCACCAACUGGACCACCCCUACAGGACCUUACAGGAUCUCUGAGAACAAAAUGAUGACUCCAAGAAAUUCGGUCAGUGGGACUUUCCUGACAGAUUCCACAAAGGGCCCCAGCACCGGACAGCCAGGCCAAAGGAUGGGCCUCCAGAGAGGGUCCCAAUUACAAAGUCCUACCUUGGAAAGUUUCUUCAGGAGAGAGUCCAGAGCUCUUGGGGCUGUCCAGAUCAUGAUUGGCUUGUUCCACUUUGGACUAGGGGGGAUUCUACUGAUGGUGCCCAUGGGCACAUAUUCCGCCAUCAAUGUGACGGUGUGGUACCCUGUCUGGGGAGGCAUUAUUUACAUCACCUCUGGAUCAUUCUUGGUGGCUGCAAAGAAAACUUCCAGAACUUGCCUGGUCAACACAAAGCUAGGAAUGAACACGAUAAGCCUGUUCUCAUCCAUCUCCGGAAUGAUUCUUCUGAUCAUGGACAUAUUUAAUCUCACCGUUUCUCAUUUUCUAAAACUGCAAAGUCUGAAUCUGGGACAAACAGUCAAAUCAAAUGUCAAUAUAUACAGCUGUGAGCAAAGUGAGGCAUCCGAGCAAAACUCUUUGGUGGAGCAGUACUGCUUCACUGUGAAGUCCUUCUUUUUGGGAAUUUUGGCCAUCAUGCUGAUUUUCACUUUUCUCCAGAACUUAUUGGUAGUGUGCAUCACAGAGGAUGAAUGGAAGAAUCUGUGCUCCAGUGCCCAGACAAGUGUGCUUCUCCUGUCUGCGGAAGACAGGAAGGAGCAAGCAGUCCAUCUCACUGUGGUACCCUCCCAACCAAAGGCUGAGGAAGAGGUGGAAAAUCUCCCUGCUCAAGAAGAAGACAAAGAAACAAAUUUCCCAACCCCACCCCAGGAAGGCUCACCCAUUGAGGAUGACAGCUGCCCCUGAGCAGAGCUGUCUGGUUCUCCCUUUCUCCUCCACGUCUGAACCUCUCCCUGUGCUUCCUCUAGCUUUCAUAUCUAUGUGGAGGAACUCAAAAGCUUUUCCAUUUCCCAGUAGGUAGUAAAGUGUAGCAAAACCUACCUUUGAAUUCUUAAAGAAAGACAACAGGUAGGGGAAUAAACUUUUUGAACCUUUAUCCCACUAAAGCAAA